CGGGCGGUGGGUACGAGCAGGCCUAACAGCAGCCCCGGUGCCUGAAGCCAGCCUCAGCUCCUUCUCGAGCCCCUCUGUGGGAACACUGGCUGCCGCCAUCAUGUCUGCUGCAGAUCCUGACACUCCAAACUCAACCACCUCCAGAGAGGCCAGCACCCAGUCUUCAUCAGCUGCCACCAGCCAAGGCUAUGUUUUACCAGAAGGCAGAAUCAUGCCAAACACUAUUUUCGUUGGUGGAAUUGAUGUUAGGAUGGAUGAAACCGAAAUUAGAAGCUUCUUUGCUAGAUAUGGUUCAGUGAAAGAAGUGAAGAUAAUCACGGAUCGAACUGGUGUGUCCAAAGGCUAUGGAUUUGUUUCAUUUUAUAAUGACGUGGAUGUGCAGAAGAUAGUAGAAUCACAGGUAAAUUUACAUGGUAAAAGGCUGAAACUGGGCCCUGCAAUCAGGAAACAAACUUUAUGUGCUUAUCAUGUGCAGCCACGUCCUUUCGUUUUUAAUCCUCCUCCUCCACCACAGUUUCAUAGUGUCUGGAGUAAUCCAAACACGGAAGCUUACAUGCACCCUCCAACCAUGAUGAAUCCUCUAACUCAGUAUGUUCAGGCUUAUCCUCCUUAUCCAAGUUCACCAGUUCAGGUUAUCACUGGAUAUCAACUGCCUGUUUAUAAUUAUCAGAUGCCACCGCAGUGGCCUGCUGUGGAACAAAGGAGUUAUGUUAUUCCUCCGGCGUAUACAGCUGUUAACUACCACUAUAAUGAAGUUGAUCCAGGAGUUGAAGUUUUGCCAAGUGAAUGCUCAGUUCGUGAAGCUACUGCAUCCUCUGGAAAUGGCCCACAAAAGAAAUCUGUGGACCGAAGCAUACAGACAGUGGUAUCUUGUCUAUUUAAUCCAGAGAACAGAUUGAGAAACUCCUUUGUUACUCAAGAUGACUACUUCAAGGAUAAACGAGUUCAUCACUUCAGAAGAAGUCGAGCAGUGAUUAAGUCUGUUUGAUCCUCUGCUAACUUUCUAGUCUCACAGGAAGGUGGAGGUUUUGAAUAGUUACUGUAAAUGAUACCUAAAUUCUAAAGAGCCAAUUCUGAUUAUCCCAAUAUGACCUUAAGAAAAGUAAGGAAAUAAACUUUUUGUCUGCUGUUUUGUUGGACUGAAGUAUUUAAAAGAGUAAGGUAGAAGAGUCAAAAUUCUGAACCUUUCAAAAUGGAAAAUUAAUUUUAAACUUAAAAGUGUGUUCCUAUUACCUGUGCUGAUACUGUCUUUGCAUAAAUGAAUAAAUAGAAAUAAA